AUGCUAGUGACAGACAGCAACCAUUCGGAACUGCGAGACCGGUCUAAGGCAGAACCUUCUGCGGUAAUUAAGAACAACUUAAACGCUCAAGAUCAGCAAACGAGCGACUUCAAGCAGAAGCUCCAACAAUUCGGCUUUCGUCUUGAAACGUCUGCCAUGGCACCGAGAACACGGCAAAGUGUAGCAGCUUCGCCAUCUCAGAAGCUCACCUCAAAAGUGGUCAAAAAUGCAUCUGCGAGCAAUUCAGACGUGACUUCAAAGGUAAGAAUCGAUGGCAGCGAGUCCGCCACCAAGGCGGCCUUGAGCAACUCCAGGAAGCGCAAAAGAGCUAUGAAGAAUGUCGAAAGUCCUACAGUCAAAGGUUCGGCCAUGAACCCGGUCAACAACCUCAAGGACAGCCUUGAAGAAGGGCUAAUCCUUGUCUCGAUUGGUGUCAAUCCUGGCAUCAUGACGGGUCUUACAGGAGAGGCGUAUAGCCACCCAAGUAACCGCUACUGGCCAACCCUAUACGCAUCAGGGAUAACUCCUGUACCACACAAGCCAAAAGACACCCACAGUUUGAUGGAUCUCUAUGGCCUCGGACACACUAACGUAGUUGCUCACAUUGCAAGCCGAGCAGCAAGCGACCUAACCAAAGAAGACUGGAUGGUCGGCGCAAGAGACCUCGACGAAAAGAUCCGCAAAUUCAAGCCAGAGGCUGUCUGCCUCGUGGGCGAAGGUAUAUUCACACAGUGGUUCAGGUACAAGGAAGGCCGGCCUCAUAAUGUGAAGAAGGACGGUCCUGUCAAGUUUGGUAUACAGGAUGAGAAGUACUGGAUUGGUCGAAAGGAAGGAGAAUAUAAAGGAUCAACGACAUGGGUCGUCACGACUACUUCUGGAGCUUCGACGAAACAUUCGACACAGGAGAGGGUGGCUAUCUGGAAGCCACUUGGGGAUUGGUUCGCGCCGAAAAGAGAUCAAUGGAUCAAGGAAAGAAAGGGGCAAGAAGAGACAGCCGAUGUAAUCUGA